AUGGGUAAGAAGGAUAAGAAGGACAAGAAGGGAAGUGGAUCAGGAGAGGAGCAGCGUCUGCGUAUCGCUAUUGUCAGUGAGGAUAGGUGCAAACCUAAGAAAUGUCAACUUGAAUGCAAAAAGUACUGUCCAGUGAACCGUACUGGUAAGUUCUGUGUGGAGGUCGAUAGACAUUCCAAGGUCUCAUGGAUCUCGGAGACCCUCUGUAUUGGUUGUGGUAUAUGCGUCAAGAAGUGCCCCUUCGAUGCUAUUACCAUUAUCAAUCUACCCAAGGACCUCAGUGGCCAGACUACUCAUAGAUAUGGUCCUAAUACCUUCAAGUUGCACAGACUACCCAUGCCUCGUCCUGGCCAAGUCCUCGGCCUAGUCGGAACCAAUGGUAUUGGUAAAUCUACUGCAUUGAAGAUCUUAUCUGGCAAACUGAAGCCUAAUCUUGGUCGGUUCGAUAACCCCCCGGAUUGGAGUGAGAUACUCCAAUACUUCCGGGGUUCUGAUCUGCAAAACUACUUCGUGAAGAUCCUAGAGGAUAAAUUAAAGGCAACCAUCAAGCCUCAGUACGUCGAUAACAUUCCCAAGGCUGUUCGCGGCAAGGUAGGUGAGACCCUUGCUCGGAAGGAUGAACGACAUGUAGUACCUCAAUUGUUAAAGCGCUUGGAUCUCGAGCAUCUGGUCGAUCGUGAGAUCAAGGAUCUGUCCGGCGGAGAGCUGCAGCGUUUUGCCAUCGCAGUAGUAUGCGAGUUGAAUGCAUCAGUAUAUAUGUUUGAUGAACCUAGCUCUUACCUUGACGUCAGGCAGCGUUUAGAGGCUGCUCAUGUUAUUCGUGACCUGCAGACCUCCGAUAACUACAUCAUCGUGGUUGAGCACGAUCUAUCAGUCUUGGAUUACCUGUCUGAUUAUGUUUGCUGUCUAUGGGGCACUCCUACUGCAUAUGGCGUCGUUACCAUGCCCUUCUCCGUUCGUGAAGGACUUAAUAUAUUCCUUGACGGUUUCAUCCCCACCGAGAACCUUCGUUUCCGUGAGGUCGCUUUAAACUUCAGGGUAUCAGAGAACACUGAUCUUGAUGAUAGCAAGAGAAUGUACAGUCAAGACUAUCCGGCUAUGACCAAGACUAUGGGCACCUUUAAACUUCACAUCGAACCGGGCAACUUCUCUAGCUCCGAGAUCAUCGUCAUGCUAGGACAGAACGGAACAGGGAAGACGACCUUUAUUCGUAUGCUCGCUGGUCUCCUGAAGCCUGAUGAGGACGAUACUGAGGUUCCUCGUAUGAACGUUUCCUACAAGCCUCAAACAAUCCAUGCUAGAUUCGAUGGCUCAGUUAGAGAUCUACUUCAUGCCAAGAUCCGCUCGCAGUUCCUACAUCCUCAAUUCGUAUCUGACGUCACUCGUCCAAUGCUUAUUGAUCAACUCCUCGAUCAGAAUGUGCAGAACUUAUCAGGUGGUGAGCUUCAACGUGUUGCUAUUGUGCUGGCAUUGGGUAAACCCGCUGAUGUGUACCUUAUCGAUGAGCCUAGUGCCUAUCUUGAUGUUGAACAGCGUGUUGUGGCUGCUAGAGUCAUCAAACGAUACAUUCUUCAUGCUAAGAAGACUGCCUUCGUUGUGGAACAUGAUUUCAUCAUGGCAACAUAUCUCGCUGAUCGUGUCGUAGUCUAUGAUGGUACUCCUGGUAUAGAGUGUACGGCUUCCUCACCUGAGACUCUGGUCACAGGUAUGAACAAGUUCCUGAAAUCCUUGGAGAUCACCUUCCGUCGUGACCCUACCAACUACAGGCCUAGAAUUAAUAAGUCUGAUUCUGUGAAGGAUAAGGAGCAAAAGGCUGAGGGCAACUUCUUCCUUCUCGAAGAUUAAUUCCAUUCGUGUAGGACCAUAAGCCACUGUCGUUGUACAAGGAGCGAUGCACUCCUACCUCGGCUACUAUUCCAUAAACUGUCUCCUGAAAUAUCAGCCUAGUGGAUAACAAUUGCUUUGGAAGGUACCACUGUUGACAAUUGCUUA